AGUAAGAGACAGAUAGAGAGAUAGACUGCUUGUGUUUAUCUUUGUGUUGAAAGACUGAAAGGCAGCGAAGAGCAGAGUAAAGCUGUCCUCUCCAUAGCCCACUGGAGAUGAGGGAGGACACAGAGUGAGGCUUGGGUAGCGAUGAUGACACAAAGGACGAGAGGGAGAUGAAGACGGGAGUUCUGUUUGACCUCAGGAAUUCUUUUCUUUUUUCAUGGUCCACAAAUCAUGUGAAAAGGGAAGCCUUAGACUGAAUUCAAGAGUGCAUUCUGAAGAUAAGACGACAGCCCAUGCUUGGGCUUCCAGCAGCUUUGAUCCCAGCUUCCAAUCCUUCAGGAUGAAGAGUAGGGCAAAUUGAAAAUCAAUGUGACUGUCUGGUAUAUGUGAAAUAUUAUACAGAGAACAUGGGGAUCAAGCCCUACACGAACUAAGAAAAACAUAUUUACAAGUCAUAAAAGAGUUCCUUAAAUAUUUUAUCAUCUGGGCAAGAUCAAGUUGAUCAAAGAAGUAAAGGAAAACAUGAUGUUUAUUUUCUUUCGCUCCAGUAUUUUGAGAAUUGUGAUUUUUUCUUCUUUCUUUCUUCUUCCUCUUCAAGUGAGCUGCCACCCCAGGGCCAGGGCUCAGGCGGAGGACCGCCUCCUGAAGACUCUCUUUGGUCGCUACAACAAGCUGGCGCGGCCUGUGGCCAACACGUCUGACGCAGUGAGGGUUCGCUUCGGCUUGUCCAUCGCUCAGCUUAUCGACGUGGACGAGAAGAAUCAAAUGAUGACCACCAAUGUCUGGGUGAAACAAGAGUGGUACGACUACAAGCUCAGGUGGAACCCCAGGGAGUAUGAGAACGUCACAUCCAUCAGGAUCCCGUCCCAGAUCAUCUGGAGGCCCGACAUUGUUCUCUACAACAAUGCAGACGGGGACUUUGCCGUGACCCACCUGACCAAAGCCCACCUGUACCAUGACGGCUGGAUCAAGUGGACGCCCCCGGCCAUCUACAAGUCCUCCUGCUCCAUGGACGUCACCUUCUUCCCCUUCGACCAGCAGAACUGCACCAUGAAGUUCGGCUCGUGGACGUACGACCGCGCCAAGAUCGACCUGGUCAGCAUGGCCAGCGACGUGGACCAGCAGGACUACUGGGAGAGCGGCGAGUGGGUCCUCGUCAGCGCCGUGGGCCACUACAACAUCAAGAAGUACGAGUGCUGCGCCGAGACCUACUCGGACAUCACCUACUCCUUCCUGAUCCGGAGGCUGCCUCUGUUCUAUACCAUCAACCUGAUCGUCCCCUGCCUGCUCAUCUCCUUCCUCACCGUGCUGGUCUUCUACCUGCCCUCCGACUGCGGGGAGAAGGUCACCCUCUGCAUCUCCGUCCUCCUCUCCCUCACCGUGUUCCUCCUCCUCAUCACCGAGAUCAUCCCGUCCACCUCGCUCGUCAUCCCCCUCAUCGGGGAGUACCUGCUCUUCACCAUGAUCUUCGUCACGCUCUCCAUCAUGAUUACCAUCUUCGUGCUCAACGUGCACCACCGCUCGCGGCGCACGCACACCAUGCCCCGCUGGGUCCGCACCGUCUUCCUGGAGCUGGUCCCUCGCUUCCUGUGCAUUCAGCGGCCGCUCGGGAUCAGGGACGACCGCAAGCGGCAGGGGGAGGUGAGGCAAAAGAGGGCCAGCGCCCCCACCCUCUGGGCGAGCGUUGAGGCCGAGGUCGAGGCGGAGCUGAGCCCUACCUCUCCCCAUGGCACCCUUAACAUCCUAAACCAACUUGCCCGCUCACCAUCUCUCUCCCAAGGUCGACCCACUGAAGGCUCCCUGCCCACACCACCACCGUUGCCCCAGCGGAGGCCGUCGGUGGUCCGAUCCCCCAGCCAGUACUCUGUCCUCCUGGAGGAACCAGCGUCACAAACAGGUGGGUCUCCUCCCCAUCUCCGGCCCCCCCAGCCCCUGGCCAGGGGUCAGCAGCAGCAGGCCCGGCUUAAGAUGCGCUCCCUCAGUGUGCAGUACGGUCUGGGGGAGAGGCCCCAGAGCAGUGAUCGCUGUCGCUCCCGCAGCAUCCAGUACUGCUGCCUGCAUGAGGAGGCCUCAAAGUGUAAGCCACCGGUUCAGUUCCCAUGCCAGUCACAGAAGGAGAGGAGGAGGCGUAGCUGUCCAGUCCUGAGUAAGCACCACCCAGCCCAGAAUGAGCCAGCCCAGACUGCAGGCGCCUGCAGCUCCAGAGACCUGCGACUUCUUUCCCUCUCACCCUCCAUGAAAAUGGCCGUAGAUGGGGUUCAGUACAUCGCUGACCACCUCCGAGCUGAGGACAUUGACUUCUCCGUGAAACAGGAGUGGAAGUAUGUAGCCAUGGUAAUGGACCGCAUCUUCCUUUGGAUGUUCAUCUUGGUGUGCAUUCUGGGAACUGUAGGCCUCUUCCUCCCAGCCUGGCUUGCUGGAAUGAUCUAGUAGCCUAUAUAACACAGAGAAGAGGAAGCCAGAAUAUGACUCAACAGAAAUGUUCAGUUCAGCAAAGUAGCCUUGGUUUCUAGUGUACUCAUAUUC